UAUAAAUAUUUUGUGAGUAUCAUAUAGUAAAGGGAAGAGGGAAAUAGAUCGGAGCCAAAACCAAACCAGUGCGCUAAAAAUGUUAAUUUGAAUUUGCAAUAGAGCUUCCUAUUCUGCAGGCCUUAGAGAUGGAAGAUAAAGGAGAAGGGGAAACAGAUUUCACCGUCAUUGAAACAGCCUCAGAUACCCUCGAUAGCUCUAUCAAAUUCCAUCUUGUUACUGAUAUCUUAGGUUUCGUCCUCUUUAUGCACCAGCAAAUCCCUUCCUUACUGCAGGAUCUCACUCUUGAAUUUGAUGAAUUGAACACUGAAUUUGCGGAAUUGGAGACAGCAAUUAUACAAGCGGAAACAUGUUCUUUACGUAGAAAUCAUGCUUCCAGAAAGAGGGAGGUGAGGAUGGGAAUAAGGAGACUGGAUAAGUUAAUGAACACUAUAUCCAGUCUCAGGACUGCUCUUCAAUUAAUGAUCACAGAAUUUCCUGCUAUUGAAAGAGUUAUUCUGAUUCUUGGGUCCAGUCCUCUGCGCCCUCUUAAUGUGUAUGAACUCAACUUUUCGUGUGAAACGGCAGCUUCUGGAGGAGAAUUUACUAGGAAUCGAGUUGUGGAAACUCUUUCAAAGAAGGCCAUCCGUGUCUUAGUUUCAAAGGGUGCAGGAUCUAGCUCCUCUGUUGGUCCUACCAAGUUGUUCCUCUUCGUUGAAGCUCCUUCAUCAGUCAACUUGCAUCUGCAUUUUCUUCCAAAAAGGGAUUUUAGGUACAGCAAAAAGAUAGUGCCUUUCAAAGUGCGGUUUAGUUGUCGAACCAAAAAUCUUGAAAGAGAAGUGUGUGCUGAUGAUACUCACCCUACUAAAGCAAUCACAUCACAUAGUUCUAAUGUCGAUGAUGUUAUCUGGUUUCAGUGUCGGCAUAUUAUCAAAGGCUUGGCUUCCAGGGCAUCCCCAACUGAAGAGUGAAAGAGCUAGGAGGACGAUUUUAAGAGUUUUCAGUAUCAAGUUUUGCUUAGAUUCGCUUGAUUAUGGCAAUCGAGGAGCAAUCUGGAGGAUCGGGUGACAGAUCUCAAGGGGAAACCAUUAAUGGUAACAUUGUGACAAUUGAUCACAAUCAUCCCCUGUAUUUGAGUUCAUCUGAUGUGCCAGGAGCAUUGUCAAUUGAGAUUCAAUUGACAGGGAUGGAGAAUUAUACACUUUGGAGUCGAGCUAUGGAAAUCGCAUUGCUUGGGAGGAAUAAAUUGGGAUUUGUUGAUAGAUCUAUUCUGCGCAUCAAUUUUGAAGGAGAUUUGAGGAAAACUUGGGAUUGAUGCAGUGCAGUUGUUAUCUCUUGGCUCAUAUGCAAUGUGAGCAAGGAAUUACUCAGUGGAAUACUAUAUUCAACCAGUGCAUAUCAGGUAUGGCUUGAUCUCAAGGAGCGUUUUGAUAAAAUAAAUGGAUCUAGGCUUUAUUAGUUACACAGGAGCAUUUUCACUCUUACACAAGGAGUUUUAACAGUAUCUGCCUAUUUUACGAAAUUGAAAAAUUUGUGGGAUGAAUAUGAUUCUAUUUUACCCCCACCAAGUUGUGAUUGUUAUAAGGCCAAGGAGUAUGUGGAGCAGAUGCAAUAUCAACGAUUACUUCAAUUUCUAAUGGGGCUGAAUGAUAACUAUUCACAAGCUAGGGGUCAGAUUCUCAUGAUGAAUAUUUUGCCUACUGUAAAUCAAGCCUAUGCAUUAGUGAUGCAGGAUGAGAGUCAGAAAGGAAUUGCAGGUACUAUUAAUCAAAAGAUGGAGUCUUUAGCACUGUACACAGCUAGAAAUAAUAGGAAUCAACAGUUCAAUAACAUGCCCAGGAAGAACUAUCAAUCUCUAUAUUGUGAUUUCUGUAACAUGAAGGGGCAUAUUAAGGCUUAUUGCAACAAAUUGAAGAAAUGUGAUCAUUGUCAUGCAACUGGACAUGUAAAGGGAAAUUGCUAUCAGUUAAUUGGUUAUCCUGAAAAUUUUAAAGGAAAAAAAAGGGUGAAUACAGUGUUUGCAGGAGGAACUCUAUAUCCACAUCAGUUGACUACUGGAGGUGGUGAUUCUACAUCAUUUUCUAUGCAAGAGCAGACAAUUAAGAUAGGACAUAUGACUGCACAGGAACAUAUGUACAAUGAUCAGGGCACACAAGAACAAGUGUUAUUGCAGUUGUUGCAUAAGACUUCACCAGAACAAAUUCAUAAUAUGAUUGAUGUCUUGAAGAAGACCACUAGCUCAAUGGACUCUCACCACAGUGUUAACAUGGCAGGUAUUGAUAAUAGUAAUCCUAGUUACUAUUUGAAAUGGAUUAUAGACACAGGUGCAAUAGAUCACAUGAUAAGCAAUUCCAAUCAUUUACAUGUUGGGAAGGUGAUGAAACAUGCAGGGAAUGUCCAAUUACCCACAGGAGAGUCAGCCACAGUUACACAUAUUGGAAGUAUUCAACUUAAUGAGACUGAAAUGAUCAAUGGUGUUCUGUGUAUACCAUCUUUAAGUUUAACCUUUUGUCUGUACACAAGCUGACAAAGGAAUUAAACUGUUCUGUUUCUUUUUUUCCCACAUACUGUGUAUUUCAGGAUCUCUUGUCUGGGAAGGUCAAGGGGAUUGGUGAAGUUGAGGAUGGACUAUAUGUGAUGAAAUGGAACAAGAUUAGAACAUUAUCUGCAGUUAGGAGAGUAGAUGAAGAUCCAGUACUUUGGCAUCAAAGACUAGGACAUGUUCCUAUAGGUGUUAUUAAAAGAAUAAAAGAAUUCAGAGCUCUAGAUAAUUUUGCUAUUGAUCAGUGUAUUAUCUGUCCUCAAGCUAGACAAACUAGAGUUCCAUUUCCUGUUAGUAAUACUAAGGUUGAUGAUGUAUUUGAUUUAGUGCAUAUGGAUGUGUGGGGACCAUACAAGAUUGCUACAUACAAUGGGAUGAGGUAUUUUCUUACUCUAGUUGAUGAUAAGUCUAGAUGGACAUGGACUUUUCUGAUUCAUUUGAAAUCUGAUGUAAUUGUUGUUCUGAAACAUUUCUUAAUACUGAUAAAGACUCAGUUUGAAAAAUGUGUUAAGGUGUUUAGGACUGAUAAUGGAGGUGAGUUUGUGAAUUCUAAUUGUCAUGAUUUAUUUACAUUGAAUGGUAUCAUUCAUCAGAGAUCUUGUCCAUAUACUCCACAACAAAAUGGUGUGGCAGAAAGAAAGCAUAGACACUUAUUGGAGACAACAAGAGCUAUUAAAUUCCAAGGUAAAUUGCCAGAUAGAUUUUGGGGUGACUGCAUAGAGAGUGCAACAUAUAUCAUAAAUAGGAUACCAUUAUUAGUUCUGGGGAAUAAACCACCAUAUGAAUUGUUAUAUAAUAAACUACCUUCUCUAGCACAUAUAAGGGUGUAGGUUGUUUAGAUUUUGCUACAAAUUUGAGAAAAGAUGAUAAAUUUGCAGCAAAGGCAAGGAAGGCUGUGUUACUUGGUUAUGUUGUCAGUCAAAAGGGGUACAAAUUGUUUGAUAUUGAAUCCAAGACUAUUUUUGUUAGCAGGGAUGUAACCUUUUGUGAGAAGGAGUUCCCUUUUCAAACCAACAGUAUUGAUUCUACCACUGCUCAAGAUCCAUUAUUUCAUGUCUCACAUUCACCUGUAGAUGAUUGUGAGCUUACACCAUGUAUUGUGAUCAACAAUGCUCCCCCUUUAUCUAAUCAUACAGGUCAUGAUGGUUCACAAUCUGAUCCCAACAACACAACUACUACUUCAGAAGAUGCAGAUCCUAUAUUUGAUACUUCUCCUCGAAAUCAGCUGCCACAAGUUCCAUAAGAUAUUGUUCUUAGAAGAUCAAGUAGACCAGUCAAGCCUCCUCUUUGGCAAACAGAUUAUGUUCUGUCAAAACAGCCUGCUGGACAUUGUUUAUACUCUAUUACAGAUGUAGUUGACUAUGACAGUGUUACACCAACUUAUAUAAGUUUUAUCACACAGUUUUCUUUGGAGAAAGAACCUACAUCUUAUAAAGAAGCCAUCCAAGACCCCAGAUGGAUUCAAGCUAUGUAGGAUGAGAUUCAUGCUUUGAAAGAUAAUCACACAUGGGAACUUACAAAAUUACCUACAGAUAAAAAGGCUAUAGGAUGCAAAUGGGUUUACAAAAUUAAAUAUACAGCUGAAGAAAAGGUUGAUAGGUUCAAGGCAAGGUUGGUAGCCAAAGGUUACAACCAAAAGGAGGGUUUGGACUAUAAGGAAACAUUUUCUCCUGUCGUGAAGAUGGGAAUUGUUCGAGCUGUCAUAGCAUUAGCUGCUGCACAUCAUUGGGAUAUACACCAAAUGGAUGUUUUUAAUGCUUUUUUUCAAGGUGAUUUGAAUGAGGAGGUGUAUAUGGAGUUACCUAUGGGUUUUGUCCAUACCAGUGAGGAGGGGACUGUAUGCAAGCUCACUAAAUCACUGUAUGGUCUCAAACAAGCUAGCAGACAAUGGAACAUCAAAUUAACCACAGCCUUAGUCAAUUCUGAUUUUUAACAGAGUCACUAUGAUUAUUCACUGUUCACAAAACAUCAAGGAGAAAGUUUGGUGGUGAUAUUGGUUUAUGUUUAUGAUCUAUUGAUCACAGGUAAUGAUCACAACUUGAUAUUGGAGACCAAGAAAAAUCUCAAGGAAAAUUUCAAAAUCAAGGAUCUAGGAAACUUAAGAUAUUUUUUGGGAAUUGAGUUUGCCAGGAAUGAAACAGGAAUUCUCAUGCAUCAGAGAAAGUAUUCUCUUGAAAUGAUUUCCGAGAUGGGGUUAUCUAGUUCUAAACCUGUUAGAACACCUUUUGAGCUAAAUCAGAAGUUGACUACUACAGAAUUUGAUCUGCAUUUUCCUCCUACAGAUGAGAAUUACAGAUUGCUAAGUGAUCCCAGUGUAUAUCAAAAGUUAGUGGGAAAGCUACUUUAUUUGACGAUAACAAGACCUGACAUUGCAUUUGCAACACAACUUUUGAGUCAAUUUAUGCAUAAUCCAAAAACAUCUCAUAUAAAUGCAGCAACGAGAGUGGUUAAAUAUGUUAAACAUGCACCAGGAUUGGGAAUAUUCAUGUCUGCAGAUUUAGGCAACCAGUUAACUGCAUUUUGUGAUGUAGACUGGACAUCAUGUCCAAACAAUAGGAAAUCUGUAACUGGUUAUAUGAUUACAUAUGGGAACUCUUUGAUCUCAUGGAAGUCCAAGAAGCACAACACCAUCUCAAGAAGUUCAGCUGAGGCUGAGUACAGAAGUCUAGCUUCAACAGUUGCAGAAAUUAUAUGGUUGACUGGGUUGUUUAAAGAGCUGGGAGUACAAGUGAAGUUGCCUGUGCCUAUAUAUAGUGACAGUAAGUCAGCAAUACAGAUUGCUGCUAAUCCAGUUUUUCAUGAGCGAACAAAACACAUUGACAUUGAUUGUCAUUUCAUCAGGGAGAAGGCGCAACAAAGACUCAUUCAACCUAUAUACUUAAACACAACAGAGCAGCCUGCAGAUUUAUUCACUAAGGGUCUUACUUGUGUACAACAUACAUAUCUACUUACCAAGCUGGGAAUGAAGAAUAUUUUUCAUACGCCCAGCUUGAGGGAGGGUGUUAAACAAUUAGUAAAAUGUACAGCUGUCAGUUAGUGUUAUUAGAGUUAGUUAAAUUAACAAUGAUCAGCAGUAAUAGUUAGUUAGAAGUUGUUAGUCAAUUAGUUAGAUAUAUUUUACUUCUAUAAAUAUAAGAGUAAUAGUCAUAACAGAAGUGUGAGCUGUAUAGAAACUUUCUGGAAGCUUCUACAGUUUAAUGUGAAGCAUCUUCUUCUU